AUGCCGCCUCACAUCUACACCUCCUCCCUCCCUUCCCCUCCCCUCCCCCGGCAGUCCAUCUUCCACCACCUCUUCCCCGAGCUCGAUGGCGCGUGCGACAUCCCUCCCUCGACCCCGACGCUGAUCGACGGGCUCACUGGCAAGACCCUCUCGCGCGAGGAUGUCCGGAUCCAGGCUCAGCGCUUAGCGGGUGGACUGCACAAGCUGGGUCUAAAGAGGGGAGACGUGGUCGGUGUGGUCGGAACAAACAGCCUCGAGUGGUGUAAUGCGGUCUAUGGGAGUUUGGCGGGCGGUCUACGCGUCUCGCCUAUGAACUACGCAUAUACCCCGCCAGAACUGCUACACCAGCUGAGCCACUCCGGCGUUUCUCUGAUCUUUGUCAGCCAGGAUGUUCUCCCGACGCUGCUCAAGACGCUAGAGCUCGGGCGGACCAAGGGGUUCUCGGUACCUUCGGACCGGAUCAUCCUGCUCACUCCCGCGAAAGUGGAGGGGUACAAGUAUAUCGAGGAGAUCUGGGCAGAGCCUAUAGAGCCAGAACGAUUCGAGAACGGGGACGAGCACGAAACGGCCUGGCUCUGUUACUCCUCCGGAACGACUGGCGUGGCCAAAGGGGUCGAAACGACACACUACAAUAUGACGUCCCAGCUCCAAGCUGUCAAUGCGGUCUAUGAGCCCCUCAAGCGCGGUCAGGACGUCGUGCUCGGCUAUCUCCCCUUUUCGCACAUGUACGGUCUCGCUCUUCUCGUCCAUCAAGUCAUUACCGUCGGCGUGCCUAUGGUCGUUCUUCCCCGCUUCGAGGAAACGUCCUUUUUCCGCGCUAUUGAGCGGUACAAGGUGACGUGGAUGCUCAUCGUCCCGCCGGUCCUCGUCAACAUGCGCAACUCGACCCAGGUGGACAAGUACGACUUGUCGAGUCUGAGAGGGGCGCUGAGUGCUGCGGCGCCGUUGUCGGAGGAGCUGUGCCGCGCUGUCGAAGCCAAGGUCAAGCCCUUGAUCGUCAGCCAAGCUUACGGUCUGACCGAAACCUCUCCCAUUUCCCACUACACCCCUCUCGAACACGCACGCGGCCGUCAGUCCAAGAUCGGCCGUCUCAUCCCUACUUUUCGCGCCCGCCUCGUCGACCCCGAUUCCGGCGAGGACGUCGAGAUUGGCCAUGCCGGGGAGCUAUGGCUCCAAAGUCCCAGCGUCAUGAAGGGGUACUAUCUCAACCCGGACGCCACACGGAAUACAUUCAGCAGCGAGCAAGAGGAGGGAGGGAGAUGGUUCAAAACGGGCGAUUCGGCAUGGGUGGACGAGGAGGGUUUCUUCCAGAUCGCUGAUCGCCUCAAGGAGUUGAUCAAGUACAAGGGAUUCCAGGUCGCGCCAGCGGAACUGGAGGCGUUACUGCUCACUCACCCGAGUAUUGCCGAUUCGGCGGUCAUCGGUGUCCACUCGGAAGAACAGGCGACGGAGCUCCCCAAGGCGUUUAUCGUCCCCAAGGCGGGUGUGGUGAAGAAGGGCAAGGAGGCAGAGUUCAAGGCGGAGAUUGUGAGCUGGGUCAAGGCAAAAGUGGCGAGUCACAAGCAACUGCGCGGCGGGGUGGAGAUUAUCGAGGUGGUUCCCAAGUCACCGUCAGGCAAGAUUCUGCGCAAGAACCUGAGGCUCCCUAGCCUUCGCAAAGAACGCAGCAACGUUCGGGCUCGCCGUCACGCCCUUCUCGUCCUCUUGCUCAAAGUAUGA